CUCACCCCUCAUAUAAUUGUACUUGGUUACAAUCUAGUUACAGUAAUGCAUCUGCUAGUGUAAACAUAAGCUAGCCACUGAUCUGUAGUUUCACAAAAAAGAUGGUUUCCUUGCUAGCAGUUAUUCUAGCUUUACAACUAGUGCAGGGCUCUUACAGCAUUGAUGAAUAUGAAACUGUGAUUGCUGUAACGAGUUCCACACAUUCUGAGCUAAAUCCUGACUGUCUCAAUGGAUCUCACUUCCAAUACAGUAUCGAUGAGUUACCUUCCAACAUAUCGAAUGGAACUUUAUUGAGAUUUUGCUCCAACUCUAUAGUGCUAAAAAGAAACAUGGCACUUUCUGAUGCUAACCGAAUAGCUUUCGUGGGCUUUGAAUUUACUAAACUGACUUGUAUUGAUGAGAGUGGUGUGGGAAUAGAAUUGAGCAACAUUCAAGAUUUGGAAAUAAACAACAUCGCUAUUGAAGCCUGCGGGAGAGUUGCCAGCAUAGACACAUAUCCUUAUCGAAACGUCAAGGCCAGUCUCAUCAUUCAGAAUUCUGUUAACAUUAAUCUGAGGAAUGUGACGAUCACUAGUAGCCCUGGGACUGGACUGGCCUUAUUCUACAACAGCGGAUCAAUCGAAAUCAUUGACUCUAUUUUCGAGAGAAGUGGACUUGAUGGUCAAACAGGUGGCAAUGGAGUAUAUGUAGAAACUGGACCCUCCACCUAUAUAGUUAGUGAUUCACCAGCAAAUUAUGAUAUUAGGAACUGCUCCUUUCUAAACAACAGCGCUGUUACUGGGAAAGAUAGUACUAUCAAAGGUUUUAGUCGUUUUGACAAAGGUGGCGGGUUGUGUAUGUAUGUUCGAGGCAGUGAAAAUGUCGAAAUUGAUAUCACAGACUCCCUGUUUAUUGGAAAUCAAGCUCAAAAGCAUGGAGGUGGUCUCUUUGUUGCUUACAAUGGAAAAUGCACAAACAACACUGUAAUAGUUUCGAAAACUGAAUUUCGUACCAAUACAGCAAAAUACGGUGGUGCAGUGUACUCGGGAUAUCUACACAGUCGGUACCCUAACUUUGUGACCCCUCAAAAUAGCUCAUUGAGGUUCGUCUUCGUAAACUUCAUUGAUAACAGAGCUGAGUAUGGUGGAGGUUUUAGCUUAUUCUCUACCAAGACCCCUAACCAAGACUCCAAUGACAAAGUUAGACUUGAAAACUGUUAUUUGACUGAAAACAGCGGCCAGUAUGGGGCAGCUGUAGCUCUUCUCCCCAAUGCUUGGAACAUUAACACACCAGGUUACUUACCCACUCCAGUUUUUGUGAACUGCUCCUUCACAAAAAAUGUCGUUAUGAGGAAACAAUUAUCAAACAUUGGUCAGUAUUACAACGAGUACUCCAAGGGCUCUGGAGCGUUUAACUGUUUCAAUCACCGAGUCCAUUUUGAAGAAAAUACAAUUUUUGAAAACAAUAUCGGAACUGCAAUGUUUCUCGACUCAUGUGUGAGCAUAUUCAAAACGAACUCUUUUACACGUUUCGAGAAUAACACUGGUUACCAAGGAGGUGCUGUGUAUGAGCUGUCUUCAGUGAUAUUUAUUAGUGACGGGUCCACCUUACGUUUCAAUGGCAACACGGCUGAUGAUAAAGGCGGGGCUAUAUACGAACACACAUCGUCGAUGCUCAUUUACCACUAUUCAAAAACAUGUUUCAUUGAUUACAACGAAGACAGAACAGAGGUCGCAGAUAGAAACAUUACAGUAUCUUUCAGGGACAAUUACGCUGGUCGAUACGGCCAUUCGAUUUACGCAUCCUCUUUGAGUCCCUGCUACAAUCGUUUUUCUUUCACCGCUUCCGAUUUAUCUAUGGACAUUUUCAAUCAAGUCGGUAACUUUACUUACUCACCCGCUGGAAGAAUCAAAGAGCUAGCCACCGCAGCUAACCACUCAAACGUAACUGAUGAGAACUGGUCGGGCCAUCUUUCGUUCAUUCCUGGAAAUGAGAUGGAGCUUCCUAUUGUUGAUAUCGAUGAUUUUGGGCAGGAUGUACAAAUGAGUUACUUGGUAACGAUUGAAAACCAUGGUGAUGCCAAUGUUUCAAGCAAUCACUACAACUCAGAGAUUUCAAGCCACAAAAUUUUAUUGUUUGGAAAAGAAAACGACAAAGCCACUGUUACAUUGUCUGACACAUCCCCUCGUCAAAAUGCUGUUUCGUUCCAAAUUACGAUGCUACCUUGCCCUCCUGGGUUUAUUCUAGAUCGAGUGUCAAUGGAAUGCAUCUGCUCAUUCAAUACGGAUGAAACUUACGUUGGAAUCGAUAAUUGCAACCUCACACUUCACAGAGCGUACAGCAAAAAAGGAUACUGGUUUGGCUAUAAAAACAACCAAACUGAGAAUGAAGACUCUCUCAUUUCUGGGUAUUGCCCUUCUGGUUUUUGCUCAACAGGGGGUGAGAGACGCCUUCUUCCCGGGACAGCUAAUCGAGAAGAACUAAAUGAAAUCAUGUGCUCCUAUUCACGAAGUGGGACCCUCUGUGGCCGCUGUACAGACACCUCUUCAGUAUAUUACCACAGCAUGCAGUUUAAGUGUGAGUCAGACUCGUUAUGUCACCUGGGCUGGUUGUUUUACAUACUCAGCGAAUUAAUACCUGUUACUAUAGUUUUCCUCCUGAUUAUGUUUUUGAACAUUACCUUCACUUCGGGCCUAGUUAAUGGGUUUAUUUUCUAUAGCCAAGUAAUCGAGGUAGUGCGUCUUCUAUCAAGCGAUUUGAUUCGCUCUUCACCGACAAUCAAAUUUAUUAAUAACAUAUAUUCGCUGAUUUAUUCGAGCUUUUCUCUGGAUUUUUUCUUCCAUGACAAUCUGUCGUACUGUCUCUGGAAAACUAGUAAAGCAAUCGACAUGGUAGCAUUUAAAUAUGUAACGCUGCUGUAUGCCUUCUGCCUUGUAAUUUUUAUCACGGUUAUCAUAAAGAAAUGCACAAUGAAGUGUUGCUACAGUUAUAAGCUUUCUCGCUACUUCUCCUGGCUCACAAAGUACUUCAGUUUUCAUGGCAACAUUAUUCACGCUCUUUCUGCAUUUUUGAUUCUUUGCUAUGCUCAAUGUGCUCAAUCGUCCGUACUCUUAUUGACAAGUGUAACGGUCUAUAAUAAGGGCUCGAAUUUGUACAAAACAUUGGUGUACUAUGAUGGAGAGAUUGAAUGGUUUAGUGUUGAACAUUUGCCAUAUGCCUUGCCCGCUAUUUUUCUGUCAAUAUUUGUCCUUAUCCUACCACCAAUUCUCCUGAUCAUCUAUCCACUACACAACAAAGUACUCUCACUCUUGAGAAUAUCCGAAACAAAGUGUGUACAGUUUCUAUUCCGACCUCUCGAUAAACUAAAGCCAUUCUUCGACUCAUUCCAAGGCUGCUUUAAGGAUGAAUUUCGGUUUUUCUCCGGUCUUUACUUUAUUUAUCGUUUCUUCAUCAUGUUCAAUGUUCUUUACAACUACUUGCAAGACAGCUUCUUUUUUAUCGAAAUCCAGCUACUGCUCAUGUUGGUCGUCCAUGCUGUAUGUCAGCCAUACAAGAAGCGAUUACACAAUAUAAUCGAUACCCUCCUGUUCGGAAACCUUGCUGUCAUCAUUGCUAUCACGUACUACAAUCUAACCUAUUCUAACACCCUAUCCGCUACGAAUAUCGAUGUUACUGGAUUAUCAGUUGUGUCAUGCAUACUCAUUAUCCUACCAAUUGUUGUGGCUGUCUGUAUUUUGGUUUACGCUUUCUGUGUGAAAAAGUGCUGGAUGAAAGUACGUGCACAGCGAAAGGAAGGUAUUGAUAUGAUUGAAAUCGACAAUGAUGAAUUCCCCGACAGAGGUGUUUAUGAAUCCUUUGAAAAGUUCUAGCCUGAGUGUGUAAACAACUGAAAUUAUUUAUAUCCUUAAAUUAAUGUAUUGUUUAAUUAUAACGCUGUUGAUAAUGUAUUAUUCUUAUAAGUUUGUUUUGCAUUCAUGAAUUGAUCUAUAAUUAUUGUGAACACUCCACCAUGGCAAAACAACAUGCAUUAGAUCUACUAUGACUUGUACACGUAGAUUCUAUAAUUAUGGACACACCAUUGUAUGUGCAGCAGGUGUAGAUCUAGUGGAUUAGGGAGUGUGACAAUACUGUGUGUGCAUGCUCUAAUUAAUGGCAUUACUGAAUUAUCUACAUUGUACACUAGAUAUAAUUGUACCAUAGUGUUAUCAAAUCUACAUUGUGCUGAGAGUGCACGAUUGUGCCAUAGAAGAUUGUACAACCAACCACAAUGGUCUCAACAGAUGGUUAAAUUAUGACCUAUUGCACUCUUAUCUGAUGUUCCCACAGAAUGAUGUAUCAGAUGCAUCACAACAAGACAAGAUGCAUAUGCUACUUCUAGCCACGUUACUGGCUGCUUUGGCUCUACACCCAGCUAAUGCAUACCAGGAGUAUCCAACUGUUAUUGCAGUGUACAAUGCUACUGGUGAGUCUGCUAUUGUGAAUUGUAGUAGUGGCGCAAACUACCGCUACGAAAUCAAUGACCUACCACUUGGUAAUAUCACCAGCGGGACAUUAUUGAGACUGUGCUCCAAGUCCUUUGUACUAACGAAAAAUGUGUCGCUCUCCAAUCUUGAAAACAUUGCCUUAGUUGGCUACAAAUUUCCAACAGUGAGGUGUGAGAAGGAAACAAAUCUAGGUAUUGUCCUAGGAUCCAUUCGCAAUCUUGAGCUACACAACUUCACAGUUGAUGGUUGUGGAGUGAUGACGACUAUUAAUCCGAAAGCCGACCACAACAUUAAGUCUGGUGUUAUCAUUCAGUAUACCACUAAUAUCACUGUGAAUGGUAUCAACGUUACGAAAAGUCCUGGGAGUGGUUUGGCCCUAUUUUACAACAAUGGAUCAAUUCGAGUUGAAAAUUCAGUGUUCGGAAAAAAUGGGGUGGAUGGGCACACAGGUGGGAAUGGGGUCUACAUGGAAACUGGGCCUUCAACAUCUAUUGUCAGCGGCUUAGUAGCAGAAUACACAUUUACACAAUGUGAUUUUCUUUUUAAUACUGCCGUAACAGGCAAAGACAGUAUCAUCAAAGGCUUCAGUAGAUUCGACAAAGGAGGUGGCCUAUGUGUGUAUAUCCUUGCCAGUGAAAAGCAUAAAGUAACCAUUUCAAAUAGUCGUUUUAUAGGAAAUCGAGCUGAACAUUAUGGAGGUGGACUAUUUGUUAGCUAUAUUGGUAAAGCAAGGGACAAUAAUGUUAGAGUUUCAAAUUGUAACUUUUCGAUGAACACUGCAACAUUUGGAGGUGGAACGUAUGCAGGAUACCUCCAUACACGUUUGCCAGUUUUAGAAACACCACUAAAUUGUUCUCACAUUUACGAAUAUCUGAAUUUCACGGAAAACAGUGCGAAAUUUGGAGGAGGUUCUAGUGUUUUUGCUUCAAAGACUGCAAAUAAUGAUUUCAGUGCAAUUGUUAACUUUGUGAACUGUACUUGGACAAAGAACAUAGGUCAGUACGGUGCAGCAGUAACUAUUCUCCCUAACGCCUGGAACUUGUACACAGAAGGUUAUUUACCAACUCCAAGAUUCAUAGGCUGUACUAUAUCCAAUAAUCGAGUGAGAGACAGCAACAUUUUCAAGAAAGGAGUCUAUGCUGAGUAUUCCAAGGGCUCGGGAGCAUUUUAUUGUUAUGGUCAUAACAUUUCGUUUCAAGGACUAACGCUCAUAGAAAACAACCAAGGCUCAGCAAUGUACUUGGGCUCAUGCUUAGCCAUUUUUCAUAAGAGUUCUAUCACAUAUUUUGUAAAUAACACAGGCUACCAAGGAGGAGCUAUAUACGAACUAUCUUCUGUAGUGUACGUUCAAGAUGAUUCUACUCUCUAUUUCUCAGCAAACACAGCUGAAGACAAAGGCGGAGCCAUUUAUGAGCAUACAUUUUUCAUGCAUAUAUAUGAUUACUCCAAGACAUGCUUCAUUGACUACGUCGAUAAUAUCGAAGAAGUGGCCGAACGUAACAUCUCAGUUACAUUUAUUGAUAACUUCGCCGGUAGGUAUGGCCACUCAAUAUAUGCCUCUUCUUUACAACCUUGUUACAAUCGCUUUUCUUUUUCUGCCGCAAACCUAUCUGUUGACAUAUUCGACCAAGUCGGUAAUUUCACCUACUUCCCUGAAAACAGACAUAUGGAAAUCGCGACUGCCAUCAAUCACUCAAAUAUUACUGCAGAAGAGUGGUCAGAGAAUCUUCUAUUCAUCCCUGGAAAGAACAUGAGAUUACCUUUUGUUGACUUAGACGAUUUGAACCAGGAAGUUCGAACAAGCUACUUAGUAACUAUUCAAAAUGGCUCUAAUGUGACCGUUAAUCGAGAUUAUACCGAUAUUUCAAGUAACAUUCUACUUUUGUAUGGAAAAGAUAAUACCACUGUUACAUUAUCCGACACAUCUUCCCGACAAAUAGCACUCACUUUUAAUAUAACGAUGCAGGCCUGUCCUCCAGGUUUCAUACAUGAUGAUGGCUCUCAAGGCUGUGUAUGCUCCGCUGGUUCAAAUGAGAGUUAUGCUGGAAUUGAACAUUGCAAAGUAAGUCUCAUGAGAGCUUAUAGUAAAUAUGGGUAUUGGAUUGGCUAUAUGGAGAACAAAACUGAAAAUGAAGACUCAUUGAUUUCUGCAUAUUAUAAUCCCACUGAAAAUUUCUCUGAUCCCACUGGGAACGGCCGUCUACUUCCCGAAACUGCUGACAGAAAAGAGCUGAAUGCCAUUAUGUGCGAUGAGACACGGACAGGAUUUCUCUGCAGUCAGUGCAUGGAGAAUAUGACAGUGCACUAUCAUAGCCGGGAAUUUGCAUGUAAGUCCAACAAGUAUUGUACCUUUGGCUGGUUGUUUUACAUUCUUAGUGAAAUAGUUCCUGUCACCAUAAUCUUUCUUUUCAUUAUCUAUUUUAACAUUCCUUUCACUUCUGGGCUUGUAAAUGGCUUUAUAUUUUAUUGCCAAAUGGUUGAAGUGAUUCAAAUAGUUUCCAGCGGCCUCAUCUCUUUGUCAGAAACCGCUCAGAUUAUAAAUAAAGUUCAUACUUUCAUAUACUUGAGCACCACCUUAAAUUUUUUCGUUGUUGAUGACCUUUCAUUUUGCCUAUGGGACAAUGCAAGUGCAAUGUCAAUUGCGGCUUUCAGUAAUGUUACUCUUCUCUAUGCACUCGUUCUUGUGGUACUUGUUACCCUUGUGUUCAGAAGCUGCUCCUUUAGGUGUACAUGUAGACAUAACUCUUCAGGGUACUUUCCACUUGUACCAAACCCGAAAUUUCAAGGCAGCAUCAUUCACGGCUUAGCUGCAUUCCUGAUUCUUUGUUAUGCACAUUGUGGUCAUUCCUCAUUGCCGUUGCUCCUGUCUGUGAGUGUAUACAGCAAAGGACCAACUGCUUACCAGAAAAUGGUGAAUGUUCAACCAGAUAUUGAGUGGCUUAGUGGUCAGCAUUUACCUUAUGCAAUACUGUCUCUUCUACUGGUGUUCUUCAUGCUUUUCUUACCUCCAAUUCUUCUGGUUGUGUACCCACUGCAUUACAAAGUCCUAGCUUUCUUAAGAAUUGCCGAAUUUCGAUGCGUCCAAAUUGUAUUUAGCCCUCUGGAUAAAUUGAAACCCUUCUUUGAUUCAUUUCAAAGCUGCUUCAAGGACAAAUUUCGUUUUUUCUCUGGACUCUAUUUCAUUUAUAGACUUAGUAUGAUUGUGACUGUUUUUAACCACAGUGCCCAAGUAAGCUUUUUCUUUAUCGAAGUUCAAUUGGUGGUUAUGCUUACUCUUCACGCUUUAUGCCAGCCAUACAAAGAACAUUUCCACAAUGUGAUUGACACUCUCUUAUUUUGUAAUCUUGCUGUCAUCAAUGCUAUCACAUACUACAACGUCUCUGCUUCUAUGGCAAACGUGACGGAUCUAAACCUCUCGGCAACUACCUGGUUACAAACGAUACUGAUCAUUUUGCCUUUACCAUUUGUGUUGGUGUUUUUAGUUGCACAAACAUCUUGUGUACGUGCUUGUUGCAGAAAUUCAAGCUUAAAAAGUGUUUCUUCUGAGGAAGAUGACUUGCCAGACAGAAUGCAAGUCAACUAUCACACACAGGACAAUCAAAACAGUAGCUAGGUAACUGUGAUUGUGACGCUCAUACCUAUAUAUAGCUAUAUACUCUCUGGUGUAGUCCAUAUCCAUACUCUUGUUUGUUUCCCACCAAUUUCAUGGUAUUAUGCUAGUACAUUGUGACAUUAAGUUAAAAUGUUUGCAAUGCGUGUGUAUUGAUUUUUUGAAUUGGUUAUUAUUCUUACAUCA